AUUUGACGACUCCUGCUUCAUCAGGCCAAGCCAAAGCUGCUUGAAACUACAGUCACGCAUUAGAUUGACGGAGCUUACUUUUUGUCUGUAGAGGCCGGCCCUGCAGCCGCUAGGCGGUGCUGGCGUUGAUGGCAGUAGAUAAUAUGGAUGCGUCUGCUAACCCGGACGCUGCUGUUCCAGAGGAAUCCAGCCAUUUACAGGACAAAGAGUCUCUAGAGAAGAAAGAUGCAGCAGAUUCGCAUGUUAUUGAUUCGCAGGGAUCCGCUCACUCUUCCCGAUCAGGUGGGAAGAUAUUUAUAGGAGGCAUUUCGUGGGAAACGAAAACAGAGGACUUGAUUGAGCACUUCAAGCAGUAUGGGACCAUCGUGGAUGCGGUUGUCAUGAAGGAUCGCGCAACGGGCCGCCCACGUGGAUUUGGCUUCGUCACUUUUGAGGAUCCCGCUGCGUGUGAUAAAGUAGUGGAAGAUCAGCACGUCAUUGGUGGCCGAGCGGUGGAAGCUAAGAAGUCGGUUCCACAAAAUGCUAGUGCAGGAAGGAGUCCGAGGACGAAGAAGAUAUUCGUUGGGGGCCUUGCUGGCAGCACCACAGAAGAGGAAUUUAAUGCGUACUUCUCGAAUUUCGGGAAUGUGGUGGAUCGCCAAGUGAUGAUGGAUCAUAACACAGGCCGAUCUCGCGGGUUUGGCUUCGUCACCUUUGACAAUGAACAGUCGGUUGAAAAUGUCUUGGCUCAAGGAAAAAUGCAUCAACUUGGCAACAAACAGGUCGAGGUGAAGAAAGCGGAGCCCAGAAGAAUGGAUGCUCCUGGUGGGCAUGACAGCUACGGUGUAAGGGGUCGUCGUCAUGGCGUAGAGUACAGCUCGGGAGGCUAUGGGGCUCCGGGGAGCUACGGAGAAGCCCCUGUGACUGGUUAUAGGGGCGACUAUGCCUACGGCCCUGCUUAUCCAGGCGCUUAUGGCGUCCCAUAUGGCGCAAUGUACAUGGGAAGCGGCGGAUACAGGCCUUACCCUGGCUAUGGAGACGCAUAUGCACAAAUCCCUUACAAUGCAGAAGGCCAGGGAGGGUAUGCAAACAGCCCUUUCAGUGGUGCAGCAGGUGCCAGCGCUUAUAUUCCUAAUGCUGGACCGCCAUAUGGGGACAGCAAUGAAGGAUACGGGCCACCAAGCUAUUCAGGAGGGUAUCCGCCUGUUGGACCUGGUUUGCCUGCAGAAUACAGCGGGAUGGGGGGAGCAUAUGCAGGUGGAUUUGCUGCAUAUCCUGUUAGUCCGUAUGGGCCGCCACCAGCAUCACCAGGGCAAGCGGGUUUCAUUGGGGAGAGGGGUGUAAUUUUUCCUGGCCCUGGCCAAUUCCAUCCGUAUGGACAGGUAUGAUUGCGCUUGUCUUGCUGGCCCCUUAGUUUCCUCUACGUGUUGAUGCUUAUUCAUUAUUUUAAAAAAAAAAAUGUUAACUA